AUGUUCACCCUCCCCUUCCUCUCAACCCGCUUCUGUCGCUUGAACCAAGCCCAACCUCGCGGCCGUCGCCAGCAACAACAAGCCCGUAACAACCUCCGCAUUCACAACCACUCGGAGGAUCGCCAGGACCACGAAAAUGGCGAGGUGGCUCAUCCGACUCCUCACACGCCUCUUUCUGAUCCAAACCCUCCUCUUCAUGGAGGUGCUUCGCUGGCUGUUUCCGGAUCUGUAUACCCAGCUAAUGAUUGGGCUACUAGGUCCCCCGGGCGUGGAUCACCGUCGGGAUCCUCCUCUUCCCGGCAGAAGAAGGCCGCCGAGAGGGGGACGGAGGAGGAGGACGAUUUGAGGGGUAGCAAUGAGAUGGGAGUGACGAGGACGCCAUGGAAUACGCCUGUUGGGUCGAGGGGGCAGACGCCAAACGCAAGUCCAGGAUCGGAAGGGAGGGAAAGGGUACCGCAGACGCCGAACAAGUCGUCAAACUCAUGGUCAAGGUCAAGGUUGGCGACGUGGUUUGGGGUUGAUGGUGUCCUCGAUGAAGACCAAGACGAUCUUCCUGGACUAGAUUGUGACUCUGGAAAGGAUUAUUCAGAGGACAUGUCAGAUGAGGAUAGUAGCGACAACAACUCUCCCAACAUUGAACCCUGGAGGUUCCUGCGCGCAGCGGGGCCAUCCCCUUCCCCAAGAAGGGUGUAUCAACAUCUUCGGGCCGCUACCUCCCCGAUAACUGGCCCAAGUUCAGCCCCAAACAUCGGCUCUAGCCCGCCAUGGCCUCCCCUUGUCCCUCCCACUCCAAUUCUCGAUGAUCAAGCUCGAACUGAGUUCAAAACCCCAUCGCAAUUGACUCUCCCCGAAUCACCUCCUCCGCCAACAGCUCCUCUGCCCCCUCCCCUACCGCCAGGGCCAUACCCACGACUAGCUGAAACAGAACUAUAUGCCUCACCGCCUAUGCCGGGGACAACCAUGGGUCCGGGUUCGGUGUGGGGAAAGAAAUCAUCACCGCGAUAUGCAGUUGGACGGACUAGGGCGUCCCGGGGAAGGAAAACAAACCUGAAGGGAGGUCCGCUCGCAGGGAUGGAAAGUCUGGCGAGGAUUUUGGAGAAGGAGAAAGAUACUAGACGUCAGACUAGGAGGAUCAGGAGGAGCAGGAGGAGUAGGAGUGGGAGUACUCCAGUCAGGGGCACGCCUUCGAGGGUAAGGUGA